CCCCUGGGGGACGCCUUACGCCGUUGCACCCGAGCCGUUAAGGGGCGGGCGGACCCCGCGCGGCUUGGAGGGCCUCGCAUGAUGUUUGCCGGCUUGCAGGAGCUCGGGGUGGCCAACGGGGAGGACUUGAAGGAGACGCUGACCAAUUGCAUGGAGCCGCUGAAGGCUAUCGAGCAGUUCCAGACAGAAAACGGCAUCCUGCUGCCCUCUCUUCAGUCCGCUCUCCCUUUCCUGGACCUCCACGGCACUCCUAGGCUUGAGUUCCACCAGUCGGUGUUUGACGAGCUGCGUGAGAAGCUUCUGGAGAGGGUCUCGGCCAUUGCCUCUGAAGGAAAGGCCGAUGAAAGGUACAAAAAGCUAGAAGAUCUCCUGGAGAAGAGCUUCCCUUUGGUAAAAAUGCCAUCCAUCCAGCCAGUGGUGAUGUGCGUCAUGAAGCAUCUGCCCAAGGUUCCCGAAAAAAAGUUGAAGCUGGUGAUGGCUGACAAGGACUUGUAUAAAGCCUGCGCUGUGGAGGUGAAGCGACAGAUCUGGCAAGAUAACCAGGCCCUGUUUGGGGAUGAGGUCUCCCCGUUGCUGAAGCAGUACAUUCUGGAGAAGGAAAAUGCCUUAUUCAGCAGUGACCUCUCAGUGCUGCAGAACUUCUUCAGCCCUUCUCCCAAGACAAGGCGACAGGGAGAGGUGGUUCAGAAGCUGACCCAGAUGAUAGGGAAGAACGUGAAGCUGUACGACAUGGUGCUACAGUUCCUCCGGACCCUGUUCCUCCGGACACGAAAUGUCCAUUAUUGCACGUUAAGGGCAGAGCUGCUGAUGUCUCUCCAUGAUCUGGAUAUCAGCGAGAUCUGCACGGUCGAUCCCUGCCACAAGUUUACUUGGUGCCUCGAUGCCUGCAUUCGGGAAAAGUUUGUCGACAACAAGCGAGCGCGGGAGCUGCAAGGCUUCCUUGAUGGAGUGAAAAAAGGUCAAGAACAAGUGCUGGGGGACUUAUCUAUGAUCUUGUGCGAUCCAUUUGCCAUUAACACCUUGGCUUUGAGUACGAUCCGGCACUUACAGGAGCUGAUUGGUCAGGAAGUGUUACCCAGGGAAAGCCCAGAUCUUCUCCUGCUCCUGAGGAUGCUGUCCCUGGGGCAAGGGGCCUGGGAUGUGAUUGACAGCCAGAUCUUCAAGGAACCCAAAUUGGAGGUGGAUUUGAUCACCAAGUUCUUGCCGAUGCUGAUGUCCUUUGUGGUGGAUGAUCACACCUUCACUGUGGAUCAGAAGCUGCCUUCGGAAGAGAAGGGUCCAGCUUCUUAUCCCAGCACCAUCCCUGAAAUGUUUCUAAAAUUCCUGCAAGAGCAGCGGAUUGCCUGUGAGAUAGGCCUUUACUACGUGCUUCACAUCACCAAGCAAAGGAACAAGAACGCCCUGCUUCGCCUGGUCCCAGCCCUGGGGGAGACCUUCAACGACCUGGCGUUUGGCGACAUCUUCCUGCACCUGUUCACCGGAAACCUCACCCUGCUGGCAGACGAGUUUGGGCAAGAUGAUUUCUGUGCCGUCCUUUUUGACCGCUUCUUCCUCCCAGCCUGCCCCAGGAAGGAGAAUGUCCAUCGGCACCUGCUGAGAAUGCUGCUUCACCUCCACCACAAAGUGGUGCCUGCCAAACUGGAGUUGCUCCAGAAGUCACUGGAACCGACCAAGCAGAGCUGUGAAGCGGUGAAAGAGCUCUACAAUCAGCUUGGCGAGAAACUGGAACUCCGCAAACUGAGCCCCAUCCAAGAAGCCGAUGCUCCGCCGAUGGACUUGCCUCUCCCAACAGUAUCUGCUCCAGUUCAGCUGUAGCCCCCUUUCCCUCUGGAAGAGCAGGACUCUUUCCUGGCACUGGGCACCGAGGUUGGGCACACCCCUCGCUUGGGACACAGACAACAGCGUGCCAACUUCGAAGCC